GAAAAUGCCAAAAAAAAAAAUUAUUGAAUUAUUUCAUUCGUUUUAGAAUCACUCCCAUGUUCUCGGCCACUGCCAAAGUUCCCAUCGGAUUUCCGGUGGCGGCAGAUGAUUGUAAAGCUCUGAGUAUGCUUCUCCUUCUAUACUUCCUUUAAUGGAUGAAGAUUAUUCUCACGAACUGUUCGAUGAUAUGUCUCAGAAGCCAAAGAACAAAUGAUUAAUAUCAAAUCUUAUGCCAUGCGCUGUCUGUUUGUCAAUCCUGAGUUCAUCAAUCUCUCCGACCUCCUUCAGGGCCGCAUUAACAAUUCCCAUCUUCGUCAAAUCCAUGCCCGAGUCUUUCGUCUGCUGAAACAUCAAGACAAUCUAAUUGCAACUCGACUUAUUGGCCAUUACCCACAUUCUGUUGGACUCAGAGUUUUCAACCAACUCAUACGCCCCAACAUAUUUCCUUGCAACGCCAUUAUCAGACGUUUCACCGUUCCUGCAAUGCUCUCAAUGUGAAACAAGUUCAUACCCAUGUCCUUAAAAUGGGUUAUUUUGGUGAUUCGUUUAUCUCCAAUGCUCUUCUUGGAGUUUACGCGAGAGGCUUGAAGGAUAUGGCUUCUGCACAUAAGGUAUUCGAUGAAAUGUCGGAUAGAGAAAUGGCUUGUUGUUGGACUUCUUUAAUUGCUGGCUAUGCCCAAAUGGGUCUUGCUGAAAAGGCAAUGCUGAUUUUUGUGACGAUGAUCAAAGAGAAUAUGCAGCCGGAGGAUGACACCAUGGUUAGUGUUCUGUCUGCUUGUUCCAAGUUUCAAAUUGCUGAAAUUGAGAAAUGGGUUGUAGCAUUAAGAGAAUUGGUUAAUAAAUUUGAUUCCAAGAGCUCUUGUUGUGACUCAAUUAAUAUUGUUCUUAUUUAUCUAAAUGGAAAGUGGGGGAUGGUUGAGAAGAGUGAAGAAAAGUUUAAUGAAAUUAUUGACAAGAAAAGUGUACUUGUUUGGAAUUCAAUGAUAAAUGCAUAUUUUCAGAACGGUUUCCCUGUGGAAGCCUUGACCCUUUUCCGUCUAAUGGUUGAAAAUCCCCAUUGCAAGCCCAACCAUGUUACAAUGGUUACUGUCAUUUCGGCUUGCGCUCAAAUAGGAGAUUUGCAGCUUGGAAGUUGGGUUCAUGAAGUUCUCCAACGUAGUGGCCGUAAAGGUAUUAUUGCAUCAAACAAAAUGUUAGCCACCGCAUUGAUUGAUAUGUAUUGUAAAUGUGGUAGCUUGGAGAGGGCAAAAGAAGUUUUUCAUCAACUAAUCAACAAAGAUGUAAUCUCCUUCAAUGCCAUGAUCAUGGGUCUUGCCGUUAAUGGCAAAGGUGACGAGGCAUUGAAGCUUUUUGCCCAAAUGCAAGAGAUUGAUAUAAGACCAUCAACUGGAACAUUUAUUGGCUUAUUAUCUGCUUGUAGCCAUUCAGGGUUUCUAGAACAAGGGCAUCAAAUCUUUAUUGAAAUGACUACACAAUAUUUAAUAUCACCUAGUUUAGAACACUAUGCUUGUUACAUUGAUCUCCUUGCUCGGGCAGGCCGCUUUGAAGAUGCUCUUGAAGUUGUUUCAACCAUGCCUUUUGAACCUAAUAAUUUUGUUUGGAGUUCUCUUCUGAGAGGCUGUCUACUCCAUUCGAGUUUUGAGUUGGCACAAUAUGUUUCCAAGAAGCUUGUUGAAGUGGAUCCUGAAAAUUCUGCUGGCUAUGUAAUGCAGGCAAAUUCAUUUGCUUCGGAUCGUCAAUGGGAUGAUGUCUCGGCUUUGAGAUGGUUUAUGAGAGAAAAGGGUGUUCAUAAGCAGCCAGGCCAGAGUUGGAUCAGUAUAGAUGGAACUGUACACGAAUUUUUCUCGGCAACCAAAUCGCAUCCUUAUGUUGAUUUAUUAUAUAGUACCUUGAAUGAGCUUGAUAAGCAAACGAAACUAGUAAUCCCAUAGAAAAAACUUCACAAGGUAUAGAAUGCGUUUAUCUAGCAAUCUUUUUACCCUACGGAGCUUUAUUUUGAUGCUCAACAUGUUCAUUAUUUGUUCGUACACAAUUGAAAAUUCCUUUUGAUUAUCUGGGACUGGGAAUACCCCUUGGAGGAAAUCCUAAAUCCAAAGCUCUUUGGAAAGAAUGAUUAGGGAUUUAUUUUGGAAAGACAACAGAGUGGAUGAGGAAACUGUUAGGCCUCCAAUACUUCUAAAAUAUUCAUGAAAAGGUGAAAACAGGAGUUUGUAAGAAAGGGUGGGAUCACAUGACAUAAUUUUCUGUAUGGGAGUGAGCGUGCUCAGUAUAUAUACUUUUUGUUUGGAUAAUCGUAUUUUCAUGCUUCUACUCUGAGAAAGGGGAGAGAGCCAGCCCUCUUGAAUCGACUGGGAGUUUGUACUGUCUUAGGGCAUUUUCAUCGAUAUCAUAGUCCCAACUUCUAUGGGUGGCAUGGGCAUUGCGAAUCUAUCUACGUGCAACCAUGCUCUCCUUGCCCAUUAAGGAUGGCGUUUCAUGGUGGAGAAGAUGCUUUGUGAAGGAAGGGUAUUGCUUCUAACCACUGAUGCAAUGAACGUGAUUGGUGGCCCUCAAUGAAAGGAUCUCUUACUUUAAGGGGUCUUACAUCCAGUUAGGAAAAGUAUUCAUCCCUCGAGAGACUGGCAUAGAAUGAAGCUUGACAAAGGUAAUGAAAUCUUGUUUUGAGAGGGUAAAUGGUUGAUGGAUGUGCCUGUGUUUGAAGCUUUCCCUAGACUUCAUUAAAGUUGAUGUCUCCAAAUUGUCUUCAGUGAGUCAAUGCUGGUCAGUGACCGUUAUUGACUGGAAGCUGAAUUUUAGAAGAAAUUUACUAAUGUGAAGGUGAAAGAUGGCUAUUUUAUUUUAUCUCACUUGUUGUCAAGUGCAGGCCGAGGGAUAGAGACAACAUCAAGCUGUGGACCUAAGAGUGUUACUAGUUACAAACAUAAUAGGUAACGUGGUCGAGUUUGAAAAUUCAGGAUCCAAAAAUUACUAAACCCAAACUUUAGGACCAAAAGUGUAUUUUUUUUCCCCUAAAAACUGACAUUUGAUUGACCCUAAAAUGCUAUCAUUAACAAAAGUUUUGUGAAGUUUAAAAAAGUGUGGCUAUAUGUACUUUUGUUGACCAUGAGGUACCUUCACGCAGAGCAUUCAUGUGACGUAAAGAGAUAAUUAUGAUUAAUGUAUUCUUGAUAGUAACCCAUUGAUGUUGUUAAGAUUUAUGCUACGAUGACAUAUUGUCAUUAUUAACGUUAUGUUAUGUUAACGCUAUGUUAUGUUGAUGGUGGUGGUUGUUCA